AAAAAAAAAAAAAAAAGAUUUCUAUGCAGACUUCAACAACUAUUUAAAUAUUUCUGCCAUACCACUAUAACUAUAGACAACAAUGGAAAUAAACCAGACAUUAUCCCAAAGGUUUGCAAUGAGUAUUUUAAAUAAAACAUUGGUGGGGUUAGCAUCAACAUUAUCAAUAAUUGGAUCUUUAUGCAUUAUUAUAACGUAUAUUUCUUACAAAGAUAUUCGUACUACUAUUAGAAAAAUUAUUGUUUACAUAAGUUUUGCAGAUUUGUUUACAGCUGUAAUCAAUUUUACAGCAUUAUAUUUUAAACCUAAAAGUAAAGAUGUUUUCUGCCUUGUCCAAAGUUUUAUUAGCUCAACAUCUCUAUUGUGCUCUUUGUUGUGGACAAUGAUUUUAGCUGUGUUUUUGUUUAUAACUUUUGUUAAAGAAAAAUAUUUACUUGCAAAUAAGUUGUUUCCAUUGUUUCAUGUUGUGUGCUGGGGGGUUCCUAUAAUAAUUAACUGUAUUGCAUAUGCAUUUAAUAAAUUGGGUAACAGUAAAGAUGCAGUAUCAGCUGGCUGGUGUUGGAUCGCUACAGCAGAUACAAAUGAUGUUAUUUUGUGGAUGAUUUUGGAUAGCAAAGGAAUUGAAAUCUUCUCUUAUAUAUUUCUCACUGUGUUAUAUAUUUGGAUCAAAUUGCAUUUAAAUAAAAUGGUAGAACAAGAGAGAGAAAUAACACCUAUUUUGCAAUCUCAAACAGUGGUAGUUGCUCACUCAUUAGAGAGGAAGCUGAUGGUUAUUCCUUUGUUGUUUGUUUUUGUUCGAGUCUGGGGGACUUUGAGAUUUAUAAUUUUUGUUUAUAACAUCAAACAUAACAAAAAUGAGGAAUUAACCCUACCAGAUUUUCAAAAGUUUCUCAUAUUGAUGCAGGGUAUGGGAGAUAAUCUACAAGGUGCUGUAAAUGGCUUUUUAUUUUGUUAUCUUACUCCUAAAGUGUAUAGUCACAUAAAGGAUAGUAUUUUUAAUUGUGUAUUUAUUAAUAAAACUGUUGUUCAUAAGUCAAUAAAUAUCAACCAAAAUAAUUUAAAUUGCUAAAAUUUAAUUAAUAUGUUUAUAAUAAUUUUAUUUAAAAUUUUGUUAAAAUUUAAUAAUAAAUUUUUCUUUAAAUUUUUUUCAGCUUCUUAUAUAGAAUAUAAAUAUAUAUCGUCUAUGUAAACAUACAUGCAUUGCAGGCUUUUAUAUGUAUAUCCUAGUUUAUUUUUGUAUUUAUUUGAAACACAUUUUAUAUAU